AUGGGUCUCUUCAAGGACACUUCACAGCACAAGCGCGCCCACGCGACCGAGCGCCCGUGNGGUCCUCAGCAGCAGCACAAGCGCGCCCACGCGACCGAGCGCCCGUGCACGCACGCCGGCUUCACCCGCACCGCUCCGGAACCGCUCACCGGCGCACGUGUGCGCACGAGCGGGCUGCGCCGGGAAGCUGGGCCGGCAGGGCACUCGCAGCUCUCUACCCCGGACCGGGAGCGAGCGCCGCAGGUGCACACGCUCGGCUCCUGCAGGUGGCCGCGCCCCGGCCGCCCUCUGAGCUUCCCUUUCCGUUUGGGGAAACGACGCGCCACGGGACAGGGCAGCAACCUUCGCGGGGGCGACGGGCAGAGCGCCGGGAGGCGGGGGUCCCGCAGGAACGCGCGCCCACCCACCCAACCCACCCGACAGGCCUCCUGCGCUCACCGCGCCGCGCCCGGAAGUGACGCCUAUGGGCGACGCGGGCCCGCCCCCGCACGGAGGCCCCUCUCACCUACGACGCGGCCCCUCCCACCGGAAGUGUGGCUGCGGGCUUCCGGUCCCGGCAGGGCUUCCGGUGCCGGCAGGGCCUCCGGCUCCCUGAGCGGUGGGGUUAGGCGCUCCCGAGAGACCGGCUGUUUAGGUGCAGAGCUCGCCACAGGUCGUCAAACUGGUAAGGGCUGGAUCCGGGCUUUGGAUGCUUGCCCUGUCGUCUUUGAUUUCCGGCCUGAGGGCUCGGAGCCCAGCCCCCUACAGCUCAUCCUCCCUUUCUCCAAGCUGGAAGUGUUGGCGGGCAGGGGGCGUCUGGCGCUGAUGCUGCUGCAGCUUGAGCCUUCAGGCCCCUCCUUGGGGGGUUGACAGCCCUUCAGAACCCAGCACCCAGAGGCCUUGCCGUCCAGUUUCCUGACCGCCCGUGCGGGGGUGCCUUUCCCCUCUACCUGGUCCGCCCACCCCACUGAGCCCCUUAGGAAAGCCUUGGCAUCCCUGAUCUUUGCUGCCUUUUCUUCUGAUUGAAUGACUCCUUGGACAACCCGUGCCAAGUCCAAUGAAGCAUACGCCUUCCAAAACGAUUUUUGUGGCUUAAAAUAAAAGGCAUGUAUACAAAACAUUAUCAAAAUAGAAAUAAAAAAAGGAAACCUG